UAAAAUCAAGGAUUUCUCUCUAAAGUGAUAAAGGAGAGGAACACAGUUCAGUCGUGAAGCGAGUUUUGUCCGUGUUGUGAACCGGCUGGUACUUGAUUUUUCUCUACUUGUGUCCUCCAUGCUGUCUUAAUAUGGUAGCCUGACAAACCUACAUACAAGUGCCUCUUUGUGCGGUAAAAAUGUCUCUGCUUUGCUCUUCAUCUCGUGUAGCUCCUUUGCCAUAUACCAAACAGUCAAGUCCACGUUUUCUGAAACUCAAAACACGCACCGUAACUCUAUGUUCUUCCAUCAGCUACCCUAAUGUCAGGAAUUACAUGUUCGCAGAACCACAUAAGUUUGGUAGGCUAACAAAGAGUCAGAUACUAGUUAGUCCGGAGUCUUUUACUGAAAACAGCACAAUAGAUAUUGACUGGGAAGAUCAGGAGGACGUUGAGGAUACCGGGUCACCUUGGGAAGGUUCGGUUAUGUAUAGGAGAAAUGCUUCAGUCACACAUGUCGAAUACUGCACCACAUUAGAGAGGCUUGGAUUGGGGAAGUUAUCCACUGAGGUUUCGAAGAAGAGGGCUUCUGCAAUGGGACUUAGAGUGACGAAAGGUGUCAAGGAUUAUCCGGAGGGCACACCGGUUCAAGUUUCGGUUGAUGUCAUUAGGAAGAAGAAGAAGCUGAGACUUGAUGGGAUUGUCAGGACUGUUAUCACACUUGGCUGCAACAGAUGUGGUGAGGAAGCAGGUGAGAGCAUCUUCUCCAACUUCUCCUUAUUACUAACCGAAGAGCCAGUUGAAGAACCGGAUGUCAUUGAUCUAGGAUUUACAUUCGGUAAUGACAAAGCCAGUUCCUUUUCUGGAUUGUCGGACGAGGGAGAAGCAGGUGAGGAAGAUGAUGAUGAUGAUGAGAUAGAUUGGGAGGAUAAACUCUAUUUUCCUCCUGAGGUGAAAGAAGUAGAUAUAUCAAAGCAUAUAAGAGACUUGGUGCAUUUGGAGAUCACCAUGAAUGCGAUAUGUGAUCCUGCGUGUAAAGGAAUGUGUUUGAAGUGCGGUGCGAAUCUGAAUAAGAGGAAGUGUGAUUGUGGCAGUGAAGAGAAGGAUAAAGGAUAUGGACCUCUUGGGAACCUGAGAAAGCAAAUGCAACAGAAAGAUGGUCUUAGAAACUAAACCUCAUCAUUACUUCUCUUUUUUUGGGAUUUGUAUCUUCUCUUUCUUGGUUACUGUCAUAAAACCUCACUCUUUUGUACCAAAAAUUUCAGUAGAUAAUCUGAAGUGACUAAAGCUCAAUUCAAGCUCAUCAUUCAGCGUGUGAAUGCUAAGCAAAGCAUUGGUCUCAUUUGCAGAUUUCCG